GCAGGCCUGAAUACAAAAAUUUUCAACUGUUUACUUUUGGUCAUCUGCUUGAUUCUGACCAAAAUGAUCUACAGAAGUGUAUUAUUCUCGUGUUUGCUGCUAAUUUGUUUGAUUAGCUUCAACACGAGACUGAUUUAUGCCGAUUAUUGGUGCGUAAAUACUGCAUAUAAUCCUAACAGCACUGCUGGCAGAAUGUAUACAGACAACUUGAAUUUCCUCCUUUCCACUCUAUCCUCAAAUGCUUCUUUGGCAAGGAGGAAUGGCUUCUACAAUUUCACUGCUGGCCAUGACCCCUCUAACAUGGUCUAUGGCUUAUUUGAUUGUCGAGGUGAUGUGAAUCCCGAUGCUUGUGGACGAUGUGUAGCAAACGCCCGUGGGGAUAUUCUAAAGACAUGCUGGAACCAAACGACUGCUUUUAUGUCGUACGACGACUGCUUGUUGCGUUAUUCGAAUGAGUCCAUGUUCUCCAGGGCCGAUCAGAGUGUCACGUUCGCAGCGUGGAAUACACAGAAUGCCACUGAUCCAGAUAAGUUCAACCAGGUCAUAAGUGAUAUGAUGAAUGACAUAGCAAGUCAUGCUGCAAAUGAUCGGUCAGGGAAGAAAUUCGCUGUGAAAGAAGCUGAUUAUUCCACAUUUCAGAGAUUAUACGCCCUUGGACAGUGUACUCCAGAUCUUUCCAGUCUUGACUGCGAGAAUUGCCUUAGCAACGCCAUUUCUCAAAUACCCACAUUCUGUAAUAAUCGUCGGGGCUGUAGAAUUACUUUUUUUAGCUGCAAUAUUAGGUAUGAACUCUACAAGUUUUACAAUUCUGUAAGCCCAGCACCCGAGCCUGCAUCGAGUUCUUCUCCUCCUCCUUCCAAUUCUACUAGUAGUGAAGAGGGGGGCGGAAUCUCAACACAAACAAUUGUUGCAAUUGUUGUCCCAAUAUCUCUUGCCAUUGUGCUAUUGGUCGUGGGCUUCUGCAUAGCAAGGAGACCCAGGAAGCCAUAUUUUGCCAUUAUCGAAACUAGCGGUGCAAGUGAAAUCUCAAUCAUAGAAUCGUUACAAUAUAACCUCAGUGAUAUUCAAGCCGCCACGAACAACUUUGCCGUUGGAAACAGAAUUGGAGAAGGUGGAUUUGGACCUGUAUACAAGGGUACACUUCAUAAUGGACAAGAGAUAGCUGUGAAAAGGCUAUCAAGAAGCUCAGCUCAAGGUACAGAAGAAUUUAAAAACGAAAUUGCCCUGGUUGCUAGGCUUCAACACAGAAACUUGGUCCGACUACUUGGUUUCUGCUUGGAAGGAGAAGAAAGAAUACUCAUCUAUGAAUUUGUGACCAACAAAAGUCUUGACUACUUUCUCUUUGACCCAGAAAAGCAACCAUUGUUGGACUGGUCAAGACGAUUCAAGAUCAUAGGAGGAAUAGCAAAAGGACUUCUUUAUCUUCAUGAAGAUUCUCGACUUAGGAUUAUACAUCGUGAUCUUAAAGCCAGUAACGUAUUAUUAGACAGAAAUAUGAAUCCAAAGAUCGCUGAUUUUGGCUUGGCAAGGCUCUUUGGAGUUGAUCAAUCUGAAGGAAAUACAAGUAAAAUCGCAGGAACAUAUGGUUACAUGGCUCCUGAAUACUUGCACGGCUUGUUCUCUGUAAAAUCAGACGUGUUCAGUUUUGGUGUUCUUAUUUUAGAAAUUCUAAGUGGCAAGAAGAACAGUCAGUUCAACCAAGCUCAUGGAGGAGAUGACCUUCUAAGCUAUGCUUGGAGGCAAUGGAGGGAUGGAACACCAUUAGCAUUGGUAGAUCCAACAAUCGGAGAUACAUAUUCAAGAAAUGAAGUUAUUCAAAGCAUCCAUGUUGGCUUGCUAUGCGUUCAAGACGAAAUUGAACAAAGGCCAACCAUGGCUUCAAUAGUUCUCAUGCUCAAUAGUAACUCUAUAACGUUGCCUGCACCUAAUCCGCCUGCAUAUUUUGGUCGUAGUAGAACACAAAGCUCACCUAACGAUUUACCAGUAUCUGAUACAUCAACCAGCACCAAGUCACCACCAAACCCGUCUAUCAACGAAGUUUCAAUCACUGAGUUAUAUCCUAGAUAAACAACAGCAGAAUUAUAGACAUUUCUAAUCAUGUCAACUAGUUGCAUAGGGAAAAUUUGUCAAGAUUUUGUACUGUAAAAUAAGCAGGUCUUUAGCUGAACACUUCAGUCCAUCUGUCUAGUGUUGAUUGAUGGUGUCUAGCCUUGAGCAUUGUAGUCUGGUUCAUAAACCGUGUGGAACGUGGACCGUGUAGAUAUCUAUCAUGAUCACCUCCAGCAGUCCAAUUACAUUCUGGCACAUCAACCUACUUUCUUAAAAGUGAAGAGAGUUACACAUAAAAUGGUGUUUGGUCCCAUGAGCUGUUGGGGAUUUUGUUGAUUUGAUUUGGCAUUUUUAUCUUUUCAA